AUUAAGUCAAUUAUAGGAGCUUACAUCUUUCACUACUUCUGAUUGGAGAUGACUAUUUUUGAAAGAUUAUUGUUGGAAAUAUUUCCAGAACCAAUUUAUCAUUUCUUUUUUCUGUCCUCAAGUGAUUGUCCACCUUGUAAGUCUCUAUUCAUUUCCAUUUUUAUGUCCUCAUCCUUUAGGAAUUGACAACAUUUUUGGUGGGAAAACCAAGAGCACAAACAUGAUGUUUUGUGAGAUUUGUCUUGCUCUGAAAUGUUCCUGUUUAUUAAAAUGACAGACAUCAUCAUUACAAAAGAUGGUUAAUAAACAAAUAAUAUUACUUAAAUAAUGCUGAACGGAAAUAGAGAGCCAAAGUUCAAGUGUAAUAGCUGAAGUGUGUGUGGCUGGACUCGAUCAAGACUAAUUCAUGGAACUCCCAACAAACACCAGCAAACUUGCAAUUGGGUUUCGAAGCGAAACCUCCUUGAACCGGCCUUGAGCGCACUAGUGGGUGUUUGUGGGCGUUUAGAGACACAUUGGUAUUUCUUUGAAGUUACGAGGUGGAAAAUGAAAGUGUUACCGUGUUUACAGUCGGUUUACCUCCAUGGAUUAUCAAGCCUCUCUGACCCCAAUCUGCCUGUAACUCAAUUCCUCCAAAUUGCAUGGCCUCUGUAAUCUCUUUAAUCUGGGCACAUGGGGUUCAUAUAAGAGGGCCGCUUGAGUCCCGGGCAGCAGAUCUCUCGCUCGCUCUCAGGGACUUCAUUUGCUUUCCAGCUUCGUCUGUCUACUUUCUCUGUCUUGAUCCUUAACCAGUGAACCGAAUAUGAAUGGAACAGAAGGUCCGAACUUCUACGUGCCGAUGUCCAACAGGACCGGUUUGGUCCGCAGCCCGUUUGAGGAGCCGCAGUAUUACCUGGCGGAGCCGUGGAAGUACUCGCUUCUGGCCGCUUAUAUGCUCUUCCUCAUCGCCACUUCAUUCCCCGUAAACUUCCUCACGCUCUACGUCACGGUGCAGCACAAGAAGCUCCGCACGCCCCUCAACUUCAUCCUGCUCAACCUGGCCGUGGCCGACCUGUUCAUGGUGGUGGGCGGCUUCACCGUCACGCUCUACACGGCCCUGCACGGAUACUUCGUCCUGGGGGUCACGGGCUGCUACAUCGAGGGCUUCUUCGCCACGCUGGGCGGUGAGAUUGCGCUGUGGUCUCUGGUGGUCUUGGCUAUCGAGCGCUACAUUGUCGUGUGUAAACCGAUGAGCACAUUUCGUUUUGGUGAGAAGCACGCCAUCAUGGGAGUGGGCUUCACCUGGGUCAUGGCCCUCACCUGCGCCGUGCCGCCCCUACUGGGCUGGUCCAGGUAUAUUCCCGAGGGGAUGCAGUGCUCUUGUGGAGUAGAUUACUACACUCCCAAACCGGAAAUCAACAACACCUCGUUUGUCAUCUACAUGUUCAUCCUGCAUUUCUUCAUCCCACUGCUGAUCAUCUUCUUCUGCUACAGUCGUCUGCUCUGCACUGUCCGCGCGGCUGCUGCUCAACAGCAGGAAUCAGAGACGACCCAGCGGGCCGAGCGGGAAGUGACGCGUAUGGUGGUCGUCAUGGUGAUUGCGUUCCUAGUGUGCUGGGUGCCGUAUGCCAGUGUGGCCGGGUACAUCUUUGCUAACCAGGGGGCUGAAUUUGGUCCUGUCGCCAUGACGAUACCAGCUUUCUUUGCCAAGAGUGCAGCCCUCUACAACCCGGUCAUCUACAUCUUACUCAACAGACAGUUCCGGAACUGCAUGCUCACGACGGUCUGCUGUGGGAAGAACCCGUUCGGGGAGGAGGAGACCAGUAUGAUGACCAGUAAGACCCAGUCCUCGGUGGUCUCGUCGGCUCAAGUGGCUCCCGCCUGAACGUCCCGGCGGCUCGAACUGGACCGGUCCGGCACGCAGACUCCUACAGGCCAAACAGCGCUCCUCAAAUCUCACAUCUACUUCCAUCGCUAGGUCAUCUUAUUCUGUCCAGUCAGAUCUCUCCAACUCUGCUGUGUUUGAACUGUGUGCAACUGUGCAUUUAUGUGGGAAAUCCUUCAAUGUCUGUUCCACUAGCUUCGGCUUCACCAGCGUUUGCUGAUUCUCCAGCUGUUAGAUGAAUAUGUAGCUAUGAUCAGUUAUGAAUUUGUACAUUGUGACUAUAGGCUGAUGUUUUGAAUCCAAGUUUGCCGUUGACGAAGUGAUUCUGAGCGCUGGAGCCAUAAGACCUCAGGAGAAACACCAACAAAACCAUUCUGUGAACUUUUAGAUGUAAAUGUGAAUAUGUCAGUGUGUGAGGAUAUGAAUUUGCCUGCAGAUUAAAAAUACAGAGGCAAAGAUGAAAUAAAAGCUCAUGUGAAACUUGCCCUCGGAGACAUGACGAAGAAAACUGACCAUGACACACGUUUUAGUAAAGUCUUUACUGAUAAAAUUUCCCUCUUUCUCCAAAAAGCUUCACAGAAGAACGCACACAUAUCGGUUUGGACUCUUCCAAGAAUGAUCAAAACCCUUUAUAUAUAUA